AUGUCUUCCUCAAGCAGCAGCGAAAGCAAUCAUCACAAGAGAGGUUCCGAUUCAUUAUCACUUUCUCAAGACAACAACAAUCAUCACUCAGCCACGCAAAAUCCUUCAUCAUCAAACAAUAACACUCCAUCAGAAUCGGAACAACCUCCCAACAAAAUGAUCAAGGCUCCAAAGAAGUGUCCGGUAACUGUCCUCACAGGUUUUUUAGGUGCUGGAAAGUCCACUCUCAUCAAUUACAUUCUCUCUCACGAUCAUGGACAUAAGAUUGCCAUCAUUGAGAAUGAAUUUGGAGAGGUGAGCAUUGAUGAUGCUCUCAUCGUCACUUCUAAUGAAGAGGUUGUGGAGCUCAGCAAUGGCUGUUUGUGUUGCACAUUGAGAGGUGAUUUGAUUGGUGCCUUGACACGAUUGAGCGAAAAGAAAGAUAAAUUUGACUACAUUCUUAUUGAGACCACUGGUCUUGCCUUACCAGGUCCUAUCAUUCAGACUUUCUAUUUGGAAGAUCAGGUGAGAGAGGGCUUUUACUUGGAUGGUAUUGUCACAAUGGUGGAUGCCAAACAUAUUGUCCAUCAUUUACACAAACAUCAUCACCACGAGGAUAAGAAGAAGAAGGAACUGAACGAGAAUGAAGAAGAGGAGGAAGAGGAAGAAGAAGAAACCAAUGAAGCUGAGGAUCAACUUGCUUUUGCUGAUAGAAUCAUUUUGAACAAGGUCGAACUUGUCUCAGAGCAAGAGAAGGCAAAGGUUUUGAAAAAGAUUCGAAAGAUUAAUGCCAUUGCUCCAAUACUUGAAACCAAUCAUUCAAAGGUUGACGAUUUGUCAUUCCUUCUUGAUAUUCGUGCGUUUGACAUUGAUAGAGUGUUGAACAUGGAUCCCAACUUGUUGAAAGAGUUGAACGAUGAAGAGGAUCAUAAACAUGAUGAAAAGCAUCAUCAUCAUGACGACAAUCAUCAUCACCACGAUGAACACAAACACAGUCACCACGACUCUGAAGUAUCGAGCUAUGCUAUUGUGAGACCUGGAUUGGUCGAUCGAGAAAAAUUUGAAGAUUGGCUGCUUGAUUUACUCACUGAACAAGGAGAAGACAUUUACAGAACUAAGGGAUUCUUAAAUGUUGGAGAGACUAAGCCUCUAGUAGUUCAAGCCGUUCAUAGCUUACUCGAUAUGAGACCUUUCGGUGAGUGGAAAAAUGGUGACACCACUAACAAGUUGGUAUUUAUUGGCAAGUACAUUGACAGAGAUGAACUUUUGCGAGGUUUUGAAGAGUGUUUAAUACCACCACAAGAGAAUAAAUAA